AUGGCGAUGUUCAGCAGCACAGAGCAGCUCUGGAACGAAUCAGACCACCUCGGAUGGGAUGAGAGGAAUGAAAGCUCGGAGGCACCAGGGAAGGAUGAGCGUAACUACUUCGCCAUGCUGUACUCGCUGCUCAUCCUGGCUAUCGUGUUUGGAAACGUGCUGGUGUGUCUGGCUGUGCUGAGGGAGCGUUCCCUCCAGACUACCACCAACUACCUGGUGGUCAGCCUGGCUGUGGCUGACCUGCUGGUGGCCUCGCUUGUCAUGCCAUGGGCUGUGUACCUGGAGGUGGUUGGCGGUGCCUGGCUUUUCAGCAGGCUCUACUGUAACAUCUUUGUCACGCUAGAUGUGAUGAUGUGCACCGCCAGUAUCCUCAACCUGUGUGCUAUCAGCAUUGACAGGUACACAGCAGUGGUGAUGCCCGUCUUGUACAACACCACCCAUCGGUCCAGAAAGAGAGUUUUUGUGAUGAUUACCACUGUGUGGGUCCUGGCUUUCGCUGUCUCCUGUCCCCUGUUGUUUGGUUUCAACACUACAGAUGACCCUUUGGUGUGCUCCAUCUCAAACCCUGACUUUGUGAUCUACUCCUCGGUGGUGUCCUUCUACCUGCCUUUUAUCGUCACUCUCCUUGUCUACAUCCGCAUCUACGUCUUUCUCAGGAUGAGACGGAAAAGGAUCACCUUCGGCCAGGUCAGCGGGAAGGUGCAGCCAGGCUCCACUCCGCCAUCUGUGGAGACCUGUCUACAGGAGGAGACCCCCAAAGCGAAGCAAGACCUGUCACCUAUCAGGAUUAAAGUGCAGAGCGUGGAGUCUUCAGCUCCCUCCAAACCCAGUUUUCUGUCUGGAUGCCUGUGGCGAAAACGUCCAAAAACGGGACCUGUGGAGAACUCUCUGCCACCCCCAGUGGACAUGCAGAACUGCUGCAGCCUUAGCCACGCUUCUUGCGGUCGCACUGAGCUGGAGUUAGACCAGGAGCGAGGGGAAGACCCCGAGGAGGACAACCAGAGCGAUCAUCCUCCUGUAAGGAUGAGCUGUGAGGUGAAGGACCUGUCUAAUGGACGAACACAUACGUCACUGCGGAUGGCAGCUCAUUCUCACAACAAUCCACGUUUCAGGAGCAUGCACGCACGAGAGAAAAAGGCCACGCAGAUGCUCGCCAUCGUUCUCGGAGUGUUUCUCAUCUGCUGGCUGCCGUUCUUUGUGACUCACAUUCUGAACACACACUGCAGGACGUGCUACGUGCCUCCCGGGCUUUACAGUGCAUUCACCUGGCUGGGGUAUGUCAACAGCGCCCUCAACCCUGUUAUCUACACCACCUUCAACAUCGAGUUCAGGCGCGCCUUCAUCAAGAUCCUCAGCUGCUGA